GCAAUGUGGUCAAGGUCUCUGCUCAUUCCUGCCCCGUACCCCCUUCAGGACAGACCCCCAGAAGCAGCAUCUAGAAAAAUCUGCCAUGAAAACAGAACACAGCCAGUCGGACGGCUGGAGCAGUGACGAGGAAGAAGAUGGUGACGACGACGACUGUGCUUCCCAGCCUUCGCCUCCAGAGACUAUUCCUCAGACAGGUCGGCCAAUCGUGUCAGAAGAGGAGCUUUCCAGUCUUGCAAUGAUUUCUCCUCCUAAGAAUGGGCAGUACUCCGGCUCCAGGGUCAAAGCCCUCAUCCAGGCCCUUGAGCAGCUAGAAAAGCAAGAUCUGGUCAAAGAGUUUAUGGCUUUGGAGCAUUUAAACCCUUCAGACAACUGCCUGGUUGGAAAAGCACCUGAAAACCGGGAAAAGAACAGAUACAGGGAAAUCCUGCCUUAUGAUAAGACGCGUGUUCCUGUGGGAGAGGAUGAGGGCUACAUCAAUGCCAGCUACAUUCGUAUGAAGGUGGGCUCAGAGGAGCUGUUCUUCAUCUCCGCUCAGGGCCCUUUGCCUGGCACUCAGGACAGUUUCUGGCAGAUGGUGUGGGAGAACAGGUCUGAUGUGAUCGCCAUGAUGACUCGAGAGGUGGAGCGCGGACGGGUCAAAUGCCACAAAUACUGGCCUGAGAAGCUUGACGUCCCCAAAGAGACCAGCCGUUUUCAGCUCUUCCUGGACAACUACCAGAUGCUUGGUUAUUUCCACAUUAAGGUCAUCAAGAUGGUGGAAAAAGAGAGUGGAGACGUGCACUUUGUAAAGCACCUGAAGUUCACCACGUGGCCUGAUCACGGCACACCGCACUCCUCCGAGCAGCUGGUGCGCUUCAUCCGCUACAUGAGGGCUGUUCACGCUAAAGGGCCCAUCACCGUCCACUGCAGCGCAGGCAUCGGCCGAGCCGGAGUCCUCAUCUGCACAGACGUCAUCCUCAGUCUCAUCCAGAAAGACCUCAGUAUUAAUGUGAGUGACAUUGUAAAGGAGAUGAGACUCCAGCGGCACGGCAUGAUUCAGACCAAGGAACAAUACCUCUUUUGUUAUAAAGUCUGGUUGGAAGUGUUACAAAACAUCUCGCUCCUUUAUGGUCACCACUGGCAAACCGAAACCUCUUCAUGAACAAAUCCUUACAAAGCCCUUAAAGUCUUACAAGUGUUUCCUCAGAAAAAAAGCAACAAUUGAUGUGUUUUUUUGAAUGGCAGACAUGUGUUGAUGUGACGUGUUGAUUGUGUGCGUCUGAUAUAAAAUGACCACCGUCAAUCAACUGUGGAAUAUGCUCUAAGAAAUAUGGUAGAUAUUUUAAUUAACCGUGCAAUACCCUUGUGUGAUCUGAUAUAUAUUUUUAUACCAUAUUGGCUUAAAACACUGAUUUAAUAGCCUUUCUGGACUCUUAGUCAUUUUGCCUUGAACAUGUUUUCGUUUUUGUUGUUGUUGUUUUUAAAUGUAAAUUUGUGCACAUUAAUUAAUCAUUCAGAUUGAUCACUUGAAUGUACUAUUCAGCCUCAAUACAUAAUGUACAAACUCUAGGUUCUGAAUACUUACAAACAGAUUUUUGCAAUGUUUUGAUUUGACAUUAUUUCGCCGUGUCUGAUUUUAGUAGCUGUAAAUGCUUUUUACACCCUCAGAGGAAGCAGCUGCUAGACAGAUACUUUUAGCAAAGUGCCUUUUAAUUUCUCAAUCUUUCUUUAUCUGCACUCUCAGCUGUUUUACCUCUUAGUUGACAUUAGGUCAGAGCAAGAGGAAUUAGCCCAAAGAAACGGGACUGAUGCUGAAGGAGAGACUACAAAUCGCAGCCUUCUUAUCUGUGGGAAUAUCCUCUGAGGGAAUAUCCUCUGUUUGACUUUGGACAAUGGAAAUGUAGUGGAGAAUGAACGCUUGCGGUAAACCAUCUUAAGUAAUCAGUCACGAUAUUAAGCAACAAAUGUGUGAAUGAACGGGUUGUAAAUUGUAACGGACCAAUAUUCUGUGAUAUUGUCAUACGUCUCACUGUUUUUGCUUGAUGCAACGCAACAGCACAAUGAUUUGCAGCACACUUAUGUCUUAAACUACUAUACGUUUCAGAGCACAUCAGAGCUUUUAAAAGGGGUGAAAUGUGGUGGUAUAUAUUGAUUUGCAUUGAUUUUCCACAGGCUUUGUGAAAGAAAAUUACUACUUGUCAAAAAUACAAACGAUUAUAUUGCUGUAUUACACUAUAAAUUAUUAACCUUGUACUUGGAAGGAAAGCUCAGUUAUCGCCUAUAGUUAUGAAAUAUACUCUCUAUACUCCUACUGUAUUACAGUUUUAUAAAUAAAUA